GCUGUACAAAGAAGAUCCGUCAAGGAAAUUGAAUUUGCACCAGAUGGGAGAAUCGUAAACGGUGGUGAGGCCCAACCAGGCCAAUUUCCCUACCAAGCAUUAGUGUUGAGUUAUUUCGACGGCGAUGAAGAAGCCUUAUGUGGAGGAUCCCUCCUGUCCACGAAGUACGUGCUAACUGCAGCUCAUUGUGUGAUGUCAUUAUAUGUAGAAGGUGCCUUCGCCACGCAUGGAACAGUCAUUCUUGGAGUUCAUAAUCGUCAGCUUGAGGAGCCAUCACAGCAAAGUAUCGACUUUGCCUCAAUCAAUGCUCACAAUUGGAACAUUGCAGAGAUGCAAAACGAUAUUGCCACUAUUGAGCUUGCCACUCCUGCGGUGUUCAACGACUAUGUUCAACCAAUCGAACUGCCUGCGAUGUCCGACCAAAGAACAUUUUCCGGAAUGCUGGCAACCGUAUCUGGAUUUGGCCGAACUACUGACAUUCCUGGAUCGCCAGAAUCUGACAUGGUGAGGUAUGCGCGCAAUCCUGUGCUGACAAAUGCCAACUGCCGGGCUAUGUUGGAACCAUUUUCGGUUCAACCGCAACACCUGUGCUUGUCCGGUAUCGGAGGACGGAGCCCGUGCCAUGGUGAUUCCGGAGGACCUCUGACUAUUCAGGAGGAUGGACGCAGUGUACAGAUUGGUGUUGUGGCGUUUGUCUUAGGUGGUAUCUGUUCUGUAGGCGUACCUGUUGGCUUUAUGCGGGUAUCUUAUUUCUUGGAUUGGAUUGUGGAAAACUCGGAUGUUGUUUUGCGUCCAUAAAUUGAAGGUUUUAUAAAAUUAAUACUAGUUUUAUGUUUAUGCG